AAGAGAGAGAGACAGAGACAGUGAGAGAGAGGGGAAGACAGAGCACCUCAGCAUGCCAUCUGGACCGGUCCACACUUGACUCUUCAGGUCUCCUGCCCCAGUGGUGCCGUCUCUCCACCUCUCCCCACCCCCUCCACCCCGCGCGCUCUGCCCGAAGACGACUCACUCCAGCUGGGGUGAGCCUGCAGGGAGCUUCCCCUGGACCCCCACCUGGCCUCCAUGAGUUUAUCUGAGGACAACCUGCCUCUCCCUGAAAGAUGGGAAAUGCUUCCGAAGUAGCCCUGUUUUUUUCCAGAAUCUCGAAGGAGCAUGACUACUUUAUGGGCACCGUGUAUGCCGUGUUUUGUGUACUGUCGCUGCUUGGAAAUGGUGUCUUGCUCCUCGUAGCCUAUCGGAAAAGGUCAUCGCUGAAGCCGGCCGAGUUCUUCAUCAUCAACCUGUCAGUCAGUGACCUUGGAAUGACCUUGAGCCUCUUUCCUCUCGCCAUCCCCUCCUCUUUUUCUCACAGGUGGCUGUUUGGAGAUGUGGUCUGCCAAGGCUACGCCUUCUGUGGGGUUUUCUUCGGCCUCUGCAGCUUGACCAACCUCACAGCCCUCUCGUCUGUCUGCUGCCUCAAAGUCUGCUUCCCACACUAUGGGAACAAGUUCUCCUCUGCCCACGCACUCCUCCUGGUGGCCGGGGUGUGGGGUUACGCCUCCAUCUUCGCCAUCGGCCCCUUGGCCAGGUGGGGCCAGUACAGCCCCGAGCCGUAUGGCACAGCCUGCUGCAUCGACUGGUAUGCACCAGCCGACGACAUGCUGGCCAUGUCGUACAUCAUCUGCCUCUUCCUCUUCUGCUACGUGGUGCCCUGCACCAUCAUCUUCCUUUCCUACACCUUCAUCUUGCUGACGGUGCGUGGCUCACGGCAGGCCGUGCAGCAGCAUGUCUCGCCCCAGACCAAGACCACCAACGCUCACACUCUCAUCGUCAAGCUGUCUGUGGCAGUGUGCAUCGGCUUCUUGACCGCCUGGUCCCCGUACGCCAUCGUUGCUAUGUGGGCGGCUUUCGUGGACCGCACCAUCAUCCCACCCUUCGCCUUCGCUCUGGCGGCCAUCUUUGCCAAGUCCUCCACCAUUUACAAUCCCGUGGUCUACCUGCUGUUCAAGCCCAACUUCCGCAAGUCGCUGUGUCGUGACACGGCGCAGUUCCGCCACAAAAUCUGCUCCAGCACGGGCAAGGGCAGCCCCAACGCAGGCCUCAAGGACCCAUCCAAGCCCGCCUCCUCGCAGCGCAGCCACAAGGACAUCACCAACUCCACGCGGCUGUCAAACGGGCUGCCCGAGAGCCAUGGUGCGUGUCUGCACUGCGCGGAGGUGGGCGGUGGCAGUGGGGGCACACGCUGUCAUCUGACCACUCCUCAGCGGACAGCGCGCAUGCUCACGGACUCUGGCCACAGCGAGGUCAUGGUCUGUCAACUUCCUGACAAAUUGCAAGACAACUUCCUCUAGGGGUACCUGCUCCGCUGAGGCUUUGCUCAUGUGGUACUAUGGAGGGCCAUGGGCGAGCAGGAGACACAGAGGAUGGAUGGAUGAGCGAUGCCAAAAAAUAGAUCAACUAAUGUUUUUUUUUUUUUUUUUUUUAAAAAGCCUUCCUUCCGAUGUGGCAAAGCUGGGCAUCCAAGAUCCAAGGGGGAUCAUCUACCUGAAGAACUGCGGUCAUGGAAAUCUAAGUCACUCCUGCAUUUUUAUUGAUGCACCUUGUUCAGCUAAUCGGGCUCUUCAGGGACAUGUCGGCAUUAGAGUCAGGUGUGCCAAAGUCAAACUACAGAGAUACGUGUUUGGGGGGGGGGGGGCAAAUCCUCGAGAGCAGGCGUGAUCUGAGGAGAGCGUGUGUGGAGCCAAAGAGAGAGAGAGAUUAUGCAGAGAAGAGCUUUAAUACAGGACUGAGUGCAUCAAAGAAGGGCAUGUAGAGAAAGAAAGAGAGAGAGAAGGAACAAGGGAAUGAAGGAGAAAGAGGGGGAUUGAUGGGUGAGACAGAGAGGUAAGGGAGCCAGAUUGAGAAAGACGCCUGGCAUAAUAAAACAUGGAGACGAGACAGUCAAGGAGAGAGAGGUGAGAGAAGAG